GGUGAAGAGCGGCGAUCUCGUUCCUUCGUGGAGUUAUCAGGUGCCGCCGAGGUAGUGCCGUGAGGUGAGGCCUUUGCAGAUUUUGGCGCGUCCUACGCCUCCGCCCUCAACAUUACGGUGGGAAAAAGCUGGCCUCCGGUAUGCGACCCAGUGCCAGAGAAUAACAAUUUAGAGGGCCACGAUGAUGUCCAACUUGAGGAAAUUUGCAGUGAGUCAUAAGAAAAUAUCCAUCUUGCACAUUAAUAAUAUGUGUUGCUCUAAAAUAAGAGCAAGUUUAAAAAGAUUGCACCCACAUGUGCUUCUUGGAAGAAAUUACAGUUCUCUACCAGGUUUAAUAGGAGAUGAUAUCAAAUCCCUUCAUUCCAUCAUCAAUCCUCCUAUGGCUAAAAUCCGUAACAUUGGAAUUAUGGCUCAUAUUGACGCAGGCAAAACUACCACCACAGAAAGAAUAUUGUACUAUUCUGGAUAUACAAGAUCACUGGGAGAUGUUGAUGAUGGAGACACAGUGACAGAUUUCAUGGCUCAAGAGCGAGAAAGAGGCAUUACAAUUCAAUCUGCUGCUGUCACAUUUGAUUGGAAGGGCUAUAGAGUAAAUCUAAUCGAUACACCAGGUCAUGUGGACUUUACCUUGGAGGUUGAGCGCUGCCUCAGAGUGUUAGAUGGUGCAGUAGCUGUAUUUGAUGCCUCUGCUGGAGUGGAGGCACAAACUCUCACAGUGUGGAGGCAAGCUGAUAAACACAAGAUACCUCGAAUCUGUUUUUUAAACAAGAUGGACAAAACUGGAGCAAGUUUUAACUAUGCAGUUGAAAGCAUCAAAGAGAAGUUGAAGGCAAAGCCUUUGCUUUUACAGUUGCCAAUUGGUGAAGCCAAAACUUUCAGAGGAGUGGUGGAUGUAGUAAGUAAAGAAAAAUUUCUUUGGAACCCCAAUUCAGAUGAUGGAAAAGACUUUGAGAGAAAACCACUCUUGGAAAUGAGUGAUCCUCAAUUGCUGAAGGAGACAACUGAAGCAAGGAAUGCCUUAAUUGAACAAGUUGCAGAUUUGGACGAUGAAUUUGCAGAUCUGGUUUUAGGAGAAUUUAGUGAAAAUUUUGAUUUGCUACCAGCUGAAAAGCUACAGACUGCAAUUCACAGAGUAACACUGGCUCAGACAGCAGUACCUGUGCUUUGUGGAAGUGCCCUGAAAAACAGAGGGGUCCAGCCCUUGUUAGAUGCUGUUGCUAUGUACUUGCCUUCACCUGAAGAACGCAACCUUGAAUUCCUGCAGUGGUAUAAGGAUGACUUAUGUGCACUGGCAUUUAAAGUUCUCCAUGACAAGCACCGAGGGCCUCUGGUUUUUAUGCGCAUUUACUCGGGAAUGGUAAAACCCCAGUCAGCCAUCCAUAAUAUUAAUGGAAACUGCACGGAGAGAAUAAGUCGUCUGCUUUUGCCAUUUGCUGACCAACAUAUAGAAAUCCCUUCACUCAGUGCUGGUAACAUUGCUUUGACUGUUGGGCUUAAACAUACUGCCACUGGAGACACCGUUGUCUCAUCCAAGUCCAGUGCAUUAGCUGCAGCUCGUCGAGCCAAAAGGGAAGGAGAAAAGCCGCACAGACAAAACAAUGAGGCAGACAGACUUUUAUUGGCUGGGGUAGAGAUUCCAGAACCUGUUUUCUUCUGUACCAUAGAACCCCCUUCAGUGGCCAAGCAGUCAGAUUUGGAUCAUGCAUUGAAAUGCCUUCAGCGUGAAGAUCCCAGCUUGAAAGUGAGGUUAGAUCCUGACUCUGGACAAACUGUUCUCUGUGGUAUGGGUGAAUUACAUAUUGAGAUUAUUCACGACCGAAUCAAGAGUGAAUAUGGACUGGAAACCUAUCUAGGACCUCUCCAGGUGGCAUACCGAGAGACCAUCCUAAAUUCAGUUCGUGCCAUGGAUACCUUAGAUAGAACUUUAGGGGACAAACGGCAUCUUGUGACUGUAGAACUGGAAGCAAAGCCAUCUGAGUCAUCAUCUGUUAGGCCAGUUAUCAAGUAUGCUGAAAGUAUUAGUAAAGACCUUUUGAAGGCCUCCCAAGAGGCUAUUGAAAAUGGAAUUCACAGUGCAUGUCUCCAAGGACCACUGCUUGGAUCCCCAGUUCAAGAUGUGGCAAUUACUUUACAUUCACUGAUAAUUCAUCCUGGUACCUCCACAACCAUGAUUUCUGCCUGUGUCUCAAGAUGUGUCCAAAAGGUUCUGAAGAAAGCUGAUAAGCAAAUUUUGGAGCCCCUAAUGAAUCUCGAGGUUACAGUGACUAGAGAUUACCUCAGCCCUGUUCUGGCAGAUCUAGCACAAAGAAGAGGGAACAUUCAAGAAAUCCAGACUCGUCAGGACAACAAAGUUGUUAUUGGAUUUGUUCCCUUAGCAGAAACUAUGGGUUAUUCAACUGUGCUUCGAACACUGACAUCAGGCUCAGCUACUUUUGCCUUAGAGUUAUCUAAUUUUCAAGCAAUGAACCCUCAAGAACAAAGCGCACUGCUGAGCCGGAGAAGUGGCCUGACCUAAGUGCUUUGGGCCCUUGCAGAGAAGAGCAAUUCAGGAGUGAGUACCUGCCUCCGUUUGCCUGCAGUAAGACCAAUUUUUAUUGUGUUAUUAGACAAACUAUUGUUUAAUUAUAAAGAUGUAACUUGAAAACUGGAGCUGAGUUUUCUUUCUAUUUGAUACGAUGAGCGAUGUGCUUUGAUGUUGAAAGUUUAUGUACCUGAACUACAUUGUGUAUCUAUGGUCAGUAAUAAAGACUCAGCCCUUUGAAGGAAGAUGCCAGUCUUCUAUAUGUAAUGUAUGAUAAGAAGGAGGUUCAAUCAUUAAAAAGACAUUUUAUUUAAAAACAGUA